CUUAUCAACAAGCCCAGAAUGAUCAGGCUAGGCCGGUUACAAAUAUUAUCUCGGCUCAAAUGUGUUUUCUAGAGUCUAUCUAAAGUUUAUUUCUUUUUUCGAAAUAAUCUGGAGUCUAAAGAUCUUCGCGUCUGGCGAGUUUCUGAGGCAAGAAAAAUUUUCUCGGGAAAAUGUCGUCGUUGGGUACAUCAAAGGGGAUUUUGGAGAUCGCCAAGUUUGGUGUGUAUGUGACUGUACCCAUAUUUCUUAUGUACACUUUCGCCAACAAUACCAAGAAUCUCCAGAAGUUCAUGGGAAAUCGGUCCUAUGUAGUAUAUCCCCCAGAGGCACCAAGGCCUCCCUCACCAGAGGAACUAAGGGAAAUGGCACGAGAAUUAGCUCGUGAGAGGAAGAUUCGUUGAUAUGCUAGCAGUAAAUGACUUGUUUCUUUGAGUUGUAUUAAACAAUAUAUGUAUAAUAUGCAGCUAUAUGCUUUAAAGGAUUUUGUGCCAAUCAUGAAAUAAAGUCUUGUGUGGAGAAUUUUCGAGCUGGUUUUGUCCCUACUUGUUGCUUGAGCGAAAUGCGUUAUAUUUGUUAAAGCAAAAUAAUUAGUUGGAAUGUUGCAUA